CGUCGCUUUCCGUCGGCGCAGAGCCUUGACGACAGCUUCUACUGUCAGACCUUCGUUACCACUCUUCCCUUUUUGGUCGGUUUACCACCACGGUUGAAGCUAUGUUAUCGCAUUCCCGAUGUCUUUCCCGGACACUCGGGCGGUCUCUGUCUGCGUUAAGUCAGGGGAAUAAUGUGCUGGCUGGAAGGACUGCUUCAGGCCUAUCCGUUGGCAACAGGGUUGUCUACAGGAACAGUCAGUCUAGAUUUGAAUCUCCGUCAUCAGUCGGUGUCUUCCACAUCAGAUACUUCAAGACGUCUGCAGCACACAGGGAUGAAGUUGUCACCGUCAACACCCCUCCGUUCUCUGAGUCGAUCACAGAAGGGGACGUCAGGUGGGAGAAAGCUGUUGGAGAUUCAGUGAAAGAGGAUGAGGUGGUGUGUGAGAUCGAGACUGACAAGACCUCGCUGCAGGUGCCGUCUCCGGCGGCCGGUGUGAUCACCGAGCUGCUCGUGCCAGACGGAGGGAGAGUGGAGGCCGGGAAUCCCCUCUUCAAACUCAAAAAAGGAGCUGCAGCAGCCGCUUCUGUCCCUGCAGCAGAGGCCCCUGCUCCAACCCCGGCUGCCAUCCCCGUCGCCAUGCCCGCGGUGCCUCCCGUGCCAACACAAGCAGCCCAAGCCAAACCUGUUUCUGCAGUCAAGCCCAGCGCACCAGCAGCACCAGCAGAACCAGCAGCCCAUGGGGCCAGGACGGAGAGCAGGGUCAAGAUGAAUCGAAUGAGGCUGAGGAUCGCUCAGAGGCUAAAAGAGGCUCAGCAGACUUGUGCCAUGCUCACCACCUUCAACGAGAUAGACAUGAGCAACAUCCAGGAGAUGAGGAAGCUCCAUAAAGAUGCUUUCCUGAAACGACACAACAUCAAGCUGGGUUUCAUGUCGGCCUUCGUUAAGGCUUCAGCACACGCUCUCAUGGACCAGCCUUCUGUCAAUGGAGUGAUUGAUGAUACAACCAAAGAGAUCGUGUACAGGGAUUAUGUUGACAUCAGUGUGGCUGUGGCCACUCCCAAGGGACUGGUUGUACCGGUUAUUCGCAACGUAGAGACCAUGAACUUUGCUGACAUUGAGAAAACCAUCAACGGUCUGGGAGAGAAGGCUCGUAAUAAUUUGCUGGCUGUGGAGGACAUGGACGGAGGAACCUUCACCAUCAGUAACGGAGGAGUGUUUGGUUCCAUGUUCGGCACGCCCAUCAUCAACCCGCCCCAGUCAGCCAUCUUGGGCAUGCACGGUAUCUUCGACAGGCCUGUGGCCAUCGGCGGCAAGGUGGAGAUCCGGCCCAUGAUGUACGUGGCUCUGACCUACGACCAUCGGCUGGUCGACGGCAGAGAGGCAGUCACCUUCCUGCGUAAGAUCAAGUCAGUGGUUGAAGACCCCCGUGUUCUACUGCUCGACAUGUGAUCCCAACCUCCCAUCACUACAGCAGGGCCACGUUCAGUACACUGUACUGUUGCCUGACAUUAUAGAGGGUUAUGCUAUAAACGCAGAAUCAGAGUUAGCCAGCUAACUUUGAUCAACAACCAGAAAUAACUAGUUAUUGAUCUGGUUCAUUAAGAAAGCUCAACUUAGAUUUGCAUUUAUUUUUUUGGUUGUUCGGUCAAUUUUGACCAUGCUCAUUUCAAGGUUAUCUCCCCCCCCCCCCCCCCCCCCCCCCCCAAAAAAAUGUAAAAAGUUAUUUCUGAAUAUUUAGGUAAGUUAGCUGGCUCUCGUUGACCCUGCUUUGUAGUAUAACCCUCAGAUAGCAGUGUUGUGAAUAGAGCAGACUUCUUAUACCCUCGAGAGGGGUGUUGUUUCAACAUAAUGCUCCAAAACGUUGUGCCCUGCUGAACGCACCCCAAAGCUAUUUAAACAUCACUCUGCCUCUGUAUAAACCCCCCCCCCCCCCCCCACAAGCGACAGCCAAAUCUUGUCAUGUACUGCUUUUGGUUAAAGAGAGAGAACCUGAGUCCCUGAUCUGGUUGUGGUGUUUUGUCAAGAAACAGAGACAAAACAGAGAUAUGGGAAUCACGUAAACAGAGAAUUUAAUGUUGAGAUUAUUCACUUUUAUUAUUGGGUGGUGUCAUUCUGCAGCUUUGGUUCAGAUUGAUUCAACGGUUGGUCAACAUCAUCAUAUAGUGUUACCACUGACUGACUGAACCUACCAGGUCUGAUCUGUCUCAAUGUUAGACUGACUGGCUGAACCUACCAGGUCUGAUCUGUCUCAACGUUAGACUGACUGAACCUACCAGGUCUGCUCUGUCUCAAUGUUAGACUGGCUGACUGAACCUACCAGGUCUGCUCUGUCUCAAUGUUAGACUGGCUGACUGAACCUACCAGGUCUGAUCUGUCUCAAUGUUAGACUGGCUGAACCUACCAGGUCUGAUCUGUCUCAACGUUAGACUGACUGAACCUACCAGGUCUGAUCUGUCUCAAUGUUAGACUGGCUGAACCUACCAGGUCUGAUCUGUCUCAACGUUAGACUGACUGAACCUACCAGGUCUGAUCUGUCUCAAUGUUAGACUGACUGAACCUACCAGGUCUGCUCUGUCUCAAUGUUAGACUGGCUGACUGAACCUACCAGGUCUGCUCUGUCUCAAUGUUAGACUGGCUGACUGAACCUACCAGGUCUGAUCUGUCUCAAUGUUAGACUGACUGAACCUACCAGGUCUGCUCUGUCUCAAUGUUAGACUGGCUGACUGAACCUACCAGGUCUGCUCUGUCUCAAUGUUAGACUGGCUGACUGAACCUACCAGGUCUGAUCUGUCUCAAUGUUAGACUGGCUGAACCUACCAGGUCUGAUCUGUCUCAACGUUAGACUGACUGAACCUACCAGGUCUGAUCUGUCUCAAUGUUAGACUGGCUGAACCUACCAGGUCUGAUCUGUCUCAAUGUUAGACUGGCUGAACCUACCAGGUCUGAUCUGUCUCAACGUUAGACUGACUGAACCUACCAGGUCUGAUCUGUCUCAAUGUUAGACUGGCUGAACCUACCAGGUCUGAUCUGUCUCAAUGUUAGACUGGCUGAACCUACCAGGUCUGAUCUGUCUCAAUGUUAGACUGGCUGAACCUACCAGGUCUGAUCUGUCUCAAUAUUAGACUGACUGAACCUACCAGGUCUGUUCUGUCUCAAUGUUAGACUGGCUGACUGAACCUACCAGGUCUGAUCUGUCUCAAUGUUAGACUGGCUGAACCUACCAGGUCUGAUCUGUCUCAAUGUUAGACUGGCUGACUGAACCUACCAGGUCUGCUCUGUCUCAAUGUUAGACUGGCUGACUGAACCUACCAGGUCUGCUCUGUCUCAAUGUUAGACUGGCUGACUGAACCUACCAGGUCUGAUCUGUCUCAAUGUUAGACUGGCUGAACCUACCAGGUCUGAUCUGUCUCAACGUUAGACUGACUGAACCUACCAGGUCUGAUCUGUCUCAAUGUUAGACUGGCUGAACCUACCAGGUCUGAUCUGUCUCAAUGUUAGACUGGCUGAACCUACCAGGUCUGAUCUGUCUCAACGUUAGACUGACUGAACCUACCAGGUCUGAUCUGUCUCAAUGUUAGACUGGCUGAACCUACCAGGUCUGAUCUGUCUCAAUGUUAGACUGGCUGAACCUACCAGGUCUGAUCUGUCUCAAUGUUAGACUGGCUGAACCUACCAGGUCUGAUCUGUCUCAAUAUUAGACUGACUGAACCUACCAGGUCUGUUCUGUCUCAAUGUUAGACUGACUGACUGAACCUACCAGGUCUGUUCUGUCUCAAUAUUAGACUGACUGAACCUACCAGGUCUGUUCUGUCUCAAUAUUAGACUGACUGAACCUACCAGGUCUGAUCUGUCAACGUUAGACUGACUGAACCUACCAGGUCUGAUCUGUCUCAAUGUUAGACUGACUGAACCUACCAGGUCUGUUCUGUCUCAAUGUUAGACUGACUGAACCUACCAGGUCUGUUCUGUCUCAAUGUUAGACUGACUGAACCUACCAGGUCUGUUCUGUCUCAAUGUUAGACUGACUGAACCUACCAGGUCUGUUCUGUCUCAACGUUAGACUGACUGAACCUACCAGGUCUGAUCUGUCUCAACGUUAGACUGACUGAACCUACCAGGUCUGAUCUGUCUCAACGUUAGACUGACUGAACCUACCAGGUCUGAUCUGUCUCAACGUUAGACUGACUGAACCUACCAGGUCUGAUCUGUCUCAACGUUAGACUGACUGAACCUACCAGGUCUGUUCUGUCUCAACGUUAGACUGACUGAACCUACCAGGUCUGUUCUGUCUCAACGUUAGACUGACUGAACCUACCAGGUCUGAUCUGUCUCAACGUUAGACUGACUGAACCUACCAGGUCUGAUCUGUCUCAACGUUAGACUGACUGAACCUACCAGGUCUGUUCUGUCUCAACGUUAGACUGACUGAACCUACCAGGUCUGAUCUGUCUCAAUGUUAGACUGACUGAACCUACCAGGUCUGAUCUGUCUCAAUAUUAGACUGACUGAACCUACCAGGUCUGUUCUGUCUCAAUGUUAGACUGACUGAACCUACCAGGUCUGUUCUGUCUCAACGUUAGACUGACUAAAUCUACCAGGUCUGAUCUGUCUCAACGUUAGACCUGUACGUUCAAGGCACUUGCAUUGCUGUCUAGAAGGAACGUGGACGUCAGCAUCUCAUUGGACAGUGUACUGUACCAUGUGUAUCCAGUAUAUACGACUAUUAGACGUGAACUUUGAAAAGAAAUGGACACAUUUUAUUUUUCUUCAAAGCAUCAUGAAUUUUGUGUACUUUUUUUCCCCCCAACACCGUGAUUUUCAUUGAGCUGUACAUGUAAUCUAUCCGUGCUCGUGAUUUAAAGCCAAUACGUGUUUUUAUAACGCUACCCUAAAGAAGUGCUCGGUCGGACAAGAUGAAGUCCAUUCUGAAGCUCCUGUGCUGUUUGACUGUCCCGGUUCUGUGUUUUUGACAGAGCUUUUCACGGGGGAUGCAGAAGCCUGUCUCCCCUGUACGUCUAGUCUCCUGGCUUCCUACUGUUGCAGUAACUUCUGCUUAUUUUGGGGUGACUGUCCCACUGAGCAGCGUUGGAAGUGAUUGGAAUCUCAUGGAAACUACCACACGCAUUGGAGUGUGUCCAUAAUGGCAUCCUAUUUCGUUUAUAUAGCGCACUACUACAAAAGUAGGGCACUAUAUACGGAUUAGGGUGCCAUUUCAGAUACAGAUAUUGUCUUUGAGCUUUUGGUAGAGAAGGGAAUAACCACUUUCCGUCGUGUCUCUCUCUCGAUGGACUUCUGUCUGUCCGCGAGAAGGUACCCGUAGACCCGGACGCUAGUUUGGUUCAGGACUUACACAACACCGUUUUGGGAGUAGUUUUCAAAGGAGCACAAUUUUAGCAGCAUGCACAAUGUAUUUCUCAUGAUAACCUCCUCUUCGUGGAACCCACCCUGGUGAAGAUUCUUUCUGUGCUGUAUACAAUGCUUUGUAAACUAUUUAAAAACAACCGUUGUAGGUAGCAACGCGUAAUAACGCCACGUAAUAUAGCAUUUGUGAUGGGUUUAGUAAAUAGUUUAUUUAAUCAUUACUCCAUUCAUAAGAUGUUUUAAUAUAGGUCAUUUUAUAAACCAUUUAGUUAAGUCAUUAGUUUAAAUUAUUUUUUUUGCUUGAACCUCAUCUAAAGUGUGGGUUAUUUAUUUAAAAAAAAAUCUAAAUAUGUAUUAUUUUGUGAGGGUUUAGACUUUACAAACCCGGAACUCCCAGAACUAAAUCUACUGACGAGAUGAUGCCAGGUUUCACUUCCGGGUUAAUUGAGAUAAGACUUGAUCUUAAGGCAUGGCUGCAAACCACACUUUGCUUUUGGUAGAAAGGUCACUGGCAAGAAACGCUAAUGUUCACAUCAUCCUCGGCGUUGUGGGCUUAUUGUUUAACCGUUGAUAAAGUUCGAGGGGACAUUUAGAGACCUUAGGGAGCAUCAGAUACUCCUGGAAUGUCUACCAAUGACCAUGUCCAUCUUUUGGUGAGGAAAUUACACUGGUCACUCAAAACAUUUAUAAAAUUAAUUAUAAAGUAUAAAUAGACAACUUUUGAUUAGGUCAUGCAAAAAUACUUUACUAAUGAUUAGUAGAUGGUUUAGAAGGACGUAUAUUAAACAUCUUAGGAAACGUUAUUAAAUGCUUUAGAAGUUGUUUUAUAAAAGUGUGAAUAACUAGGUUACUAACAUUUUUUUUUUUUACAAAUGUGAGUAAUGAUGAAUAAAUGAUUUACUAAUCCAUUCUAAAAUGCUUUUAUGUAGAGUUAUUAUAGAGUGCUACCCAACAUUAAAACAUCUUUGUUUAAA